GAGAGAGAGUAGAAGAGUUGAGAUGUCUGUGAGCUGAAGAGGACGGUAAAAACCCGACGAGGAGCUUUCCAUUUCACAGCAUCACGUCUGUUUCCACCUGGCGUGAAACAGACCUCCUCCCAUCCAUCCGUACCCUUGACACGAUACACACACACGCCCGGAGCGGGAGGAAGCGGAUAAAUGUGGACCGCAGUGUCUCAUUUGCAGCAUCUCAUCAUCUCUGGCACGAGGAGGACAAACGCUACUGCUGCACCAGAGAUAACAUCAGAUUUUCUGGUAUGACGAAUAGGGAGCAGUUGGAGGUGUCCCAUGGGCAUGUUUGUCCUCUGGCCGUUCAGCCUGUGUGUCUCUGCUCUGCACACAGACGCUCUGGGAGGGAGAAGAAAGACCGUCUAAAAAUAAACUGACACGCACCACCAGCAGAAAAACAAAAAACCAAACCAACAAAUAAAAAAGGAAUAGGGCAAAGGAGAUCCCGUUUUUGUCUCUUCCACUCUGACUCUCUCUGCUCCAUUUCUGUUUCUCUGUCCUCAUUAGGGCCUGAGAGGAGGUCAUGUCCCAGUCUGGAAAAGUCCUUCAUUUGUAUGUGGAAGUAAGGUCUGCCCCAGAUCAGAAGGGAGAGAAAGUGACAUUUGGAGAAAAUGAAGAAGGGAUUGCUCAGGGGCAUUCGGUUCAGGACAGUCCUGCGGAGAUCCUGUCUCAGUUAGCGAGUCAGACGACCUGCCAGAGCGUCACCAAGGCCUCCCCAGCUCACCGUCUGGUUCAGGACUGCACACACAGGCAGUCUCCUUCUAGAAACCCUGUUAUCCAGCAAGCCAGCAGCUCUCCUACGGUCACCAAGAAUUGGAGUGCACCCGGUGACGGAGCGUCUGCGAUCCACUCUCCACCAAUGCCCUCUUCUGGAAAGGUCACUCUCCCUCACACACCUCCCAUCUGCCGGAGGUUUAACCAGGAAGAAGUCAGCAAUGGUACUCGGUCUGUGGUCACCUUCAGUUACAUUGAGAAGUCCAAUGUAAAGACUGUGGACAGUCCACGCCACUCUGUGUGCGAGAGAGGGACCAGAGAGGAAAGAUCCACCCCCUCUCACUUUCAUAACAGGUUUAGCGACCCAGUUUGGUUUGGUAGUCCCGAUUCAUCGUGCGGCUCCAGUCCCAAGCUGACUUUCCGAUCUCCAGGAAGUCACCAGCAGACAUUUUCUCCCGGUCUUCGCCAACCAUCCUUGGACCCCAUCGGCAGGGCAGCUACCCAGAGGGCUGUGGAGGAGUUUGGUUCCCCUCUUCUGAGGAUUAAACUAGCCCAUGCACUUGAGCAAGCCUCGUCCUUGCGCCACAACCAACAGCCACGCUGUCAGUCCUGGGCUGGUUCUCCUGUUCAGCGUCAAAACAUCAGCAUAAACCCCAAAGACCACAUCGCAGAUAGGAGCCAGGCUGUUUGUGGGCUGCCUCGGAGCCCCGCAUCAAACCAGCUAUCCUCCCAGUCCAGGCAGUCGCCUCAGUCGAAGCCUGAGUCCUAUGCCGAGUCCCCAAGCCAUCUUCAUUGGUCAGGAGAGGACAGAGCUGUGGCAGGCAGUCCAGCCACCAAAAGACAUGUUCACAGGGCUUGUAACAGGAGCACUUCGCCGCAGAGAGCAAUCCUCACGCUUGGCAAUAACGUAACUGAGGGCUUGAACCAAUUAAGUGACAGUAAAUCCUCUUCUCCGGCUCAUAGCCCUGAAGUUGCCCGCAGGCUAGCAGAGGAGGCUACCAAAGUAUCUUCAAUUUUCACAGAGGCAAGGAGGUCCUCAUUGCACAACGCUUUAGGUGAGCCUUCAAAAGGCUCAAACACCGGAGAAUUUCACAAUUCAUCUCCAAAUGCACAACAGUCUAAGCAAAUGCUCAAGAUGAACAUCCCUUUAAAUGACCAACACACGCCAGCAACUGACAACACAGACUCUCACCAGCCUGAAAACUCUACCUUGCAGUCACAGUCGUUUGAAACAAACUCCCGUGCUAAUUAUCAAACACACCAGGAGGACUUCAUUCAGAAAUCCCAGCAUCAGAGCUCUAUGUUACCAGCUGUUCAGAGUUCCCCCGCUAUUCCUUCACGCGUGCUCCGUCCCGCUCAUCCUCCCACUGAGCUCAGCUCUCCUAUGAGGGACCCCAGGCUUUUCCAAGCAGAGCUCCGAGCACCAGAUACCCCAACUCUGCAUCGCCGUCAGCUCCCGCAGUACACCAGAGAUUCCUGGUCCUCGAGCCUGGACAAGAGAGGAGACCUGAGCUGUUUUGAGAGAGAGGACUGCACAGAGCUUGCUCGCAGGCUCUUUAUCAAUCAGUGUGUUGAGGAGGCUCCAGUUAGCUGGACAUCCAGGCAACAGUGGGGGAAUCAGGAGGAGAACAGACCAAGGCCAACCCCUGAAUCUGGAUUUGGGUCCAUGAAUGACCAAACUCCUGGACAACAAUUCAGUCAACGCCGCAGGCCGCUCAGUCCCACAGCCCAGCAGAAACGGGCUGAGCAGAGGAGGAGGGAGAUCCUGCUUCUGGGACCAGUGGUGUUGGACUCUCCAGAGGAGGAUGAGGGCUGUGAUGAGGAAGGACAGGGCAAUGAGAUGGAGAGAUUUGGGGCAGAGCAGCAGCCACGCUUGCAGAGGGUACAAGAGCCUCCAGAGGGGGAGCAGAAUGGAGCGAUGGGAGGGUCGUCCUCACGGAGCUCUAGUGGGGUGACAGGCAGCCUGGGGGAGAGGGACUGUGUGUCCCCAGAGUCCAGUCAGUCCAGUCACCAGAGCAAUGAGACCGGGGCAGCCACCUCAGGAAUACAGACGGACAGUGGCUGUGCGGUGCCCGUGCCCUCGCUCCAUUGUCAGAGGAUCGCGCGUGCCAAGUGGGAGUUUUUGUUUGGGACCCCUGAUGAGGAGGCUCCUAGCAGGGGGGAAAAAAAUUCUCUAGAAGCCUCCACAGCUCCUCCCAGUGGUAACUCCAGUGAGUCUCCCACCCCGACUCCCCCAACCUCCCUGCCUCUGCUUUCUGCCAAUCACGACGUGCAGCACGUAGAGGUAGAACUGGUGACCCCUCCCCCGGCCAUUAUCGGGACAUCGCCCAAAACCGGCAUCAUUCGCCGCACACUAAAGUAUUCAGAAACUGACCUGGACGCCAUUCCACUACGCUGCUACCGCGAGACAGACAUAGACGAGGUGCUGCUGGCUGAGCAGGAAGACGCCGACUCUGCGUUUGGGAGUAACCGCAGUGUGCAGGGCACCUCAGUGGCAGGCAGCAGCCCGCUGGGAGAUCUGGCUUAUGGAGGGACAGAUGGGGAGGUGGCAGAGGAGAGAGGAGGCGGAAGGGAGGAUGAGGAAGAGGAAGAUGAGGAGGAUGAGGAAGAGGAAGAAAUGGUGAGCUGGGCCAGUGUGAGGAUGCAAGGAGACACCAGGAAACAGCAGUACGCAGCUCAGGAGGAUCCAGAGGUGUUUGGCCACCUUCUGAAGAGACCAAUGGAAACGUUUUUUGAUAACCACCACCCAGCCCUGAAAUCCCCCAUCUUGGUUUCUGGUCCUCGCUGUGCUGUAGAGGACACCUUCAGCCGUCACUUUGAGAGCAUCAUGGAGUCUCACCGAGCCAAAGGGACAUCGUACAACAGCCUGGACAGCGAGGAGCUGCUGACCUCGAGCACCAAAACGGUCCUGACCUUUGACCUACCCACACUAACCCCUGCCAUCCAUGCUCCGGUUUGCCAGAGCGCCAGGCAGAUCGUCCAGCUUAGCUUCGCCCCUCUGGCACACGAUGAGAGGCCCAGCCUCUCCGAUUCUAUCUUUACCGUGACCGGGGACUCCGAUGCCACCCGAGCCCCCUCCAGCGAGAGGCUGAGCAGCGGUUCAGACGACACGCCACCCAGAGGACGAGAGUAUGCACAGCUGGGGAGCAGCUGGUACAGCAACAUUUCUUUCUCAUUACCGAGCAGGGAGAAGGCACGUCUGGCGACAGAUUCUGAGCUGGACCACGACCUCAGUGACAGACUUGGUCUGGGCAGCAGUGAAACGCUCACAAACGGCAGCCACCGGGCCGACCUAGCAGCCGCCAAACGCUUGGCCAAACGUCUCUUCAACUUGGAUGGCUUCAAGAAGUCCGAUGUGGCACGCCACCUCAGCAAGAAUAAUGACUUCAGUCGUAUGGUAGCAGAAGAAUAUCUGAGUUUCUUCAACUUCACAGGCCUCGUGAUUGACCAAGCAUUGCGGACUUUCCUCAGACAGUUUGCCCUGAUGGGGGAGACUCAGGAGAGGGAGAGGGUGCUGUCACACUUUUCCAAGCGCUACUUGGACUGCAAUCCAAAAGUCUUACCAUCAGAGGACGCAGUUCACACGCUCACCUGUGCCCUUAUGCUGCUGAACACCGAUCUACAUGGUCAGAACAUCGGCAAGAGGAUGUCGUGCACACAGUUUAUUGGCAACCUGGAAGGACUGAACGACGGCCAAGAUUUUCACAAGGAUCUGCUUAAAGCUCUCUACAACUCAAUCAAGAAUCAGAAGCUGCAGUGGACGCUCGACGAGGAAGAGCUGCGGAAGUCGUUUUCUGAGCUCGGGGACAGCCUGUGUGAAUCCAACGCCUCCAGAUCGAUGAAGCGGGUGGGCAGCAGUAAGAAGCCCCUGACGGACGAGACAGAGCCGUCCGGGUCGCUGCUGUACAAGAAUGGAUUCCUGGUCCGCAAAGUCCACGCCGACUCGGACGGCAAGAGAACACCAAGAGGGAAGAGAGGGUGGAAGACCUUCUACGCCAUCCUAAAAGGGCUUAUUCUCUAUUUGCAAAAAGGGGAAUACAGGCCUGAUAAACAGCUAUCUGAGGAGGACCUGAAGAACGCCGUGUCCAUCCACCACUCUCUGGCUAUGAAGGCUUCAGACUACAGCAAGAGGCCCAACGUCUUUUACCUGCGAACUGCUGACUGGAGAGUCUAUCUCUUUCAAGCACCGAACGCGGAGCAGAUGCAGUCUUGGAUCACACGGAUCAACGCGGUGGCCGCCAUGUUCUCAGCCCCUCCCUUCCCAGCAGCCAUCGGCUCCCAGAAGAAGUUCAGCCGGCCGCUGCUGCCGGGGACGAUGUCCAAACUGUCUGAGGAGGAGCAGGUAAAAUCCCAUGAACAUCGAUUCAGAUCCCUCGCCACUGAACUGACAGAGUUGCGCUCCUACCCUCCUGAUCGCAAGGUCAAAGGGCGCGAGUUGGAAGAGUACCGCCAGCGAGACGAGUAUCUGGAGUUUGAGAAAACACGGUAUGCGACUUAUGUCAUGCUGCUGCGAGCUAAGAUCCGGAGCGGAGAGGAUGACCUGUCUGUCUUCGAGUCCCAGCUCCUGGAGGACAACGGGCUGCAGAGGGCUCACUCCAGCCCCACGCUGCAGGACAGCAGCCAGGCCAGUCAGAUCAGCCAGGCCAGCAGCACCAGGGACGGUGGCAACAGCAGCAAAGCCAGCGGCUGCAGCAGCAAGGUUCGACAGGAAGGCCAGAGACACAGCUACCGACAAGCCGUCAAGAAGUGAGACGGGGCGGGGGCGCCGGGAGCGGCACAGCGUUGCACUGCCAGCGGCAGGCUGUCUCCCUGCAAAGGUUUUUAUUUGAGAUCCAGGAGGGUUUGGAGCUCUGCUUGAAGGGGGAGCAGGAGUGAGGGUCUACUCCACGCCCUCCCCCAACCAUGACGCCCUACCCGGCACCCCAAUCUUCUCGUCUAACAGAGGAGGGCUGGGAAACACCAGCGAGGAUGUUGGUGCAGGAGGUGGGAGGAACGGCUGGGAGGUCACAGAUCUGCAGAGACGAGGUGUCUUUGAGAACGCACGCUGGGUGCAGCAGCCGACUGUACUGUGCAGUGAGAUAAAGAGGGUGCUUAUACAUUGAACAGGGCACCAGACAGGACAUCCAGCAUCUUUUUUUCCCCCUUUUGUUCUUUCAAGGCACCUCUCCCGCCACGUUCUCCCACCUUUUUUCUUGACCACUAACUCAGUUUUGGGACCAAACGCUCGUUUUAAAAACAUCCCAUUUUAGACGAUUUGAUUUCACUUGAAUUGCUACCGCCACUCUGAUUUGAAACGCUGUAAUAGUUACUGGACUAGUAAAACAUUACAAGGUCUUGGGGAGCCAUUACACUCCAGCUCCUUAUUUUGCCACAUCACCGUGGUGUGUUCACAUUCCACACAGGACCCCGGACAUUACAGCUUCUAGCUCCUGUACGUUUUUUGACGGAUCUUGGUACCAAGUUGAAUCCACAGACUGUGCACAACAUGUUAUGAUGGAGUGUUGAGGGUGUGGCCAAAGAAUACAAUACGAUGAGGUGGUGCAGCUUGGUGCAGCUCGUCCCUCCUCUUUUCUCUUGUCACUGACGGCCAAUUAGACGCAACAACGCCAGUAGAAGUUCACAGUCCUCCUGAUGUGCAGCAAUGUAACCGCAUCUCAUCAAGAGUGGUCUUUUUUUGCUCUAUUUGAACAGGCGAUCUCUUUCCAAGUUGCUUUCGCUUCUGUCCCGUGGUGUGCUUCUGUUCUCUUUCUAUUUCUCGGCUGAAAGUUGUUUUAUCCAGUUAUCCGCAUGCCUGCAUCCAGCACAGCUUGUUUUAGGCCUUUUACUACUUUGAGGGCAAAACUGAGAGCAGCAAAGUUGUUCUCUGGGGUCAUGUAGUCCUUUUUCUCAUGCCGGUGCCAUAACCAACGUGUGUAAUCUUUGUCUGUACUUGUAGUCUCUCAUUUAUAAACCCUAUUUCAACACUCACCAGGCAGACCCUGAAUGUUCUUGUUUUUUCAAUAUUUUUACAGUAUUUUACAGUUGUUUGUUGACGUUGAACCUAUCUCACCUGUGUGUGUCAUGUGUACGAUGAAUUAUGAUAUUGAAAAUAUAAAAGGAAUUAUGUAACCCACACUCUUUGUAAACCUUCAGGAUAUGUUGUAUAUAAUGCUCCAUCAGCUGUCCGCUUAUAUUGUAGGAUAUAUGACGGUAUAUUUACAAUAUAUUCAACACACUGUUGUGAAGAUGCAUUAGAUGCACUCAAAGUUGACAUUUUCUUCUUGUAAGUCCCAAAAGCGCUACACGAUAAUCAUGUGUUGUUCACUUUUUUUCUUACAUGUUGGUAAUAAUUCAGCACAAUAUUAGUAAUAUAGUAACGCCUGUGUACGUAUCAAAGAUUAGUAAGUGAUUGCAGGGUGUUUGAGGCGUGGUUGUGGCGUGUGAGGAUUUCAGCUACCGUGGGAAGUUUUCCAAAGACAGCGCAUGGUUUGCUAUGACCUUAUAGCAUGAUUUUAAAGGGAUCAGGGUUGGUACUGUUGUCAGAGAUGCAUGAAAAAUGUGAGGAAUUAAAAAAAAAAAAAGAAAAGAAGAAGUGUGAAAUGAAACUCCUCAUUAAGGAGGGUGUGGGCGGACUGAUUUAAUUACCAUAUCAUGUUUGGAACAUUUGAUUUUGGUAGUCAUGAACACGUCAUAGCGUUAUUGAUGUAUAGCCAUUUUCUACUCAGGCUUUAAAAAUGACACCUUGCGCAGCUGCAGUGCCAGUGUCCGACCAGCAGGGAGAGCUGUCAACGAUCAGUUUAUUCAGCCAUAAUCACACCUGCUGCACCCGCAGUGAAUAUGCAUGGAAACACCCACUCACCUGAAGAUGAGGAUGGAUACUGCAGGGCUAAAUGAGACGACACUUGCGUAUAUUAACUUUGGAUGUCAAGUCUGUUUGAGUGUGUGUUUACACGUCCGUCUUGCUGAAUGUUGGCGUGUGCAUGCUGUGACUGCGCCGGCUGUUCAAAAGGAGCCAGUUGUGUGACGCUUCUUCCAUACAGCUUCAGUUUCCAUGUUGUUAGCUCUAAAUGUGUAGUUUGAAUUUGAUUUUUAGAACAGAUGAUUUCAUAUUCAGGCUUAAGCAUAUCAUAGUGUUUGCCUCUUAAUCACGUUCUGCCUGCAGUUAAGAGCUGAAACAGAAAGCUCAUCUCAUCCUCUGCUUUUCUUGUCUGCACUUCCCAUCUUUCUUUUCGUUCACACGUCAGUCAUUUCACUGAUAUCUCUUUAUUGUCUGGUGGUUUUUAAAGAACAUUUAUGUGGAUACUGUGGCCACAGCUGACAUCUAACUUGACAUUAUUGCUGCAAAUUUAUUUAUAAUGUUUGAAUCUGCUGUCUGUAAUGUGGCCAAACUGUCAAAGAACAGCCAGUUGAGUGCCAUUCAUCUUCCUCUCAGGGGUGGAUGAGAAGUUUUGAUUCAGAAAGUCCUGAUUCAUUUUUGAAUAUGCAGUUACAUCAGAUAAAUACCAAUAUUGCAUACAUUUUAAAGCACUUUUCAGAUUUUAUCCUGGAAUCUUAAAUAUAUUUUUAUUCCGGGGAAUAAAAAUAUUUUUAUUCCAGACUAAGCAGUUAUCAUGUAUGUGAUCUUUUGACUGACAUUUUGACAUUUUACACACGGCUCAUCCCUAACAAGCAACCACAGCCUAUACAUAUAGCACAAAUGUACACAUUUGACAAAAACUAAAGGUCCCCACAGUAGCUGUUCUGGAGCUUUCGAACGUUUCAUACGAUCUUCCUCGGAACACAGAGUUUAUCCAGUUUUAAUGAAAAUGUAGUUGUUGAGCAAUUUAUUGUUUUUUUCUCAUAUCUACAUUUAUCAAAAGAAAAUUCAUCUUCACUGACUCUUUUUUUUAUAAGCAUCUUGUCAUUAUUCCCCUUUCUCUAAUCAAAAUGCCAAAUAUUAGCUCCAUUUUAGAGUGUUGGUUAGACAAAAGAAGCAAUUUAAAGAUGAUGCUUUCCCGAAAAUUGCAUUUUUCAUUAUUUUUACACGUCACAGACUUGACAAUUACUUUCUGAAAAUAAUCAGCAGAUUCAUCAGUAAUGGAAAUAAUCACCACAAAGAUAGUUCUUGAUUUGAUUUUAAGAACUGAUAUUGGAUCAUUUAACUUAAAAAUAAUAAUAAUUAUAUAUAAUAAUUUUCUGUUUCUUUGUGUGUGUGUUUGCAACCCCUGUGUUAUAUAUGAUAAAUAAACGAACCUUGAACCAUGAAAAUCAAGAUUAAUUGGAACAUUUUUCUUUUCACCCAGUUCCAGUAAUUAAAAAGUAACUGGAGACUGCACUGAAAUAACACCCCAAACACAGAUUGUUAACUAAAUAAAGUGCAAUAGUGUAAUCCUACUGAUAAGUGUUAUCGGCACAGGCUCAAUACGCUCCAUAGCCUACAGUACGGAUGCAGGUCUUCAGAUCCUCCACCUUGACAAAGCCCCCCCACACACCUCAUCCCCGCCUGCUCUCUCCAUGUGUUGUCACCACUCACAUCAAAGAGCAGCUGCAGGAUCUCCGCGGCACUGGUUAGCAUAGGAAUAGCUGGUACCCCUUGUGACGGCUCUGUGAAGUCACCCUGUUGUACUGUGUUCACAGCGGUAGAAUACCUCUGUUAAAGCAGCAGUGCAUGCCUGCGGCAGUUUUGGGCAAACUGUCCUUUAAAUGUGCACUUGUGCUUUUUCCAUCUCUGCCCACGAAAGCCUCAUUUCUGAAUGUGACAUGUAAAUAAAGCAUGAGAUAUUAUGGCCUGCUGUUCAUUUAUAUUAUGGUUAGAGUAUUAAAGGAAGGGUUAAUAUAUAAGGUAUGUCAACAUUUCUUUUCCUGUCCUUGAGCUCAUGGUCAUUUUUUUCUAUCAAUGUGAAUGAAGCAAAUGGCUAUAUUUAACGCUGUUGUAUGCUGUUGUGUUUUAGAGUAUCGAGCCAGCUCAUACAAAUCUUUUGACAUGUAAAGGUCUGAUCUGAUCCAUCUCAGUGUUUUUUAGGCUGGUGCAGGUAAGGCAAUGUUCAUUUUAUGCUACACAUACAGUGAGCUACAUGUGUCACUGCCUUGUUAAAACUCACCAAGGAAAAUGUUGUUUGUGAGCUUCUCAUUUUGGGAGGCAUAGAAGAUGACAAUAAAAGUGUUUUGGAAGCUUAA